GCGUCCAUGGCUGCUCUUUCGUCCCCGCUCGAUCGUCUCCUCCGGCGAUCAGAUCAGGACAUGGGGAUAAUCAAACUCGCACGGUUGCGUCGCUGGAUCCUCGGGCUCUCCUCGCACGGGACGGUUUCUCGCACCAUGCAGGUUGGGCCGUAAGGGAUGCCCGUCAGAUCGAGUGAAACCGCCGUCGCGAAUUACGCGCGAGCGGGAGUAAGACAGAGUCCUCUCCUCACUCACCUCGCCGCAAGCACGCGCGCCACCUCUCCUCCUUUAUAGCGCGAGCUAGCACAGGACCGGCGACCACUUCUCUUUCGAUUUCCUGGUUCGUCUUGCACACCGAUCGAUCGAUUUUUUUUUUUAUCUCACGCGGGCAUGGAGUCCAGCAGCAGCACGGCGGCCGGAUCCAUGCGUCUCACCGCUGCCACGGCCUCUGCCUUCCUCCUCGUCUUCCUCUGCUUGCUGCUGCAGAGCCUGGCGGCGCUCGCCGGCUCCGGGAAGCAGGCAUCGUCGUACGUCGUGUACCUCGGGGGCCACCCGCGGCGCGUCGGCGUGUCGACGGAGGAGGCGUCCAGGAGGGCCACCGAGUCGCACCACGACCUCCUCGCCGCCGUCCUAGGGGACAGGGAGAAGGCGCGCGAGGCCAUCUUCUACUCCUACACCAAGAACAUCAACGGCUUCGCCGCCAACCUCGAGCCUGGCGAGGCCUCGGAGAUCGCAAAGUACCCCGGCGUGGUGUCGGUGUUCCCGAACAGAGGCCGCAAGCUGCAGACGACGUGGUCGUGGCAGUUCAUGGGGCUCGAGAGGGGCGGCGAGGUCCCGCCGUGGUCGGCGUGGGAGGUGGCGAGGUACGGAGAGGGCACCAUCAUCGGAAACCUCGACUCAGGUGUGUGGCCGGAGUCGAAGAGCUUCGACGAGGGCGAAAUGGGGCCGAUCCCAGACGAUUGGAAAGGGAUCUGCCAGAAUGAGCACGACAUCAAGUUCCAAUGCAACAGCAAGCUCAUCGGCGCGCGGUACUUUAACAAGGGCUACGCGCUGGCGGCCGGCGUACCGCUUGACGCCGCGCUCAUGACGCCGCGUGACGAGAACGGGCACGGCACGCACACGCUGGCCACGGCCGGCGGCGCGGCCGUCCGCGGCGCGAGCGCCUUCGGCUACGGCAACGGCACGGCCAGGGGCGGGUCCCCGCGCGCGCGCGUGGCCGCGUACCGCGUCUGCUUCCGCCCCGUCAACGGCAGCGAGUGCUUCGACGCCGACGUCCUCGCGGGCUUCGAGGCCGCCAUCGACGACGGCGUGCACGUCAUCUCGGCCUCCGUCGGCGGCGACGCCUACGACUACCUCCACGACGCCGUCGCCAUCGGGUCGCUCCACGCCGUCAAGGCCGGCGUCACCGUCGUCUGCUCCGCCAGCAACUCCGGCCCGGACCCCGGCACGGUCACCAACGUCGCGCCCUGGAUCCUCACCGUCGCCGCGAGCAGCAUGGACAGGGAGUUCCCGGCCUACGCCGUCUUUAACCACAGGAGGGUCGAGGGUCGGAGCCUCUCGGAGAGGUGGCUGCACGGGAAAGGCUUCUACCCUAUGAUCAGCGCCGCAGAUGCCGCCGCUCCCGGCAACACGUCCAAAGACGCCCAGUUGUGCAUGAUGGGGUCGCUGGACCCUGAAAAGGUGAGGGGCAAGAUCGUGGUGUGCGUGAGAGGGAGCAUACAGAGGUUGGAGAAGAGCGAGGCCGUCCGCCGUGCCGGCGGCGCCGCGAUGAUCCUCGUGAACGACGUGGUCUCCGGCAACGACCUCCAUGCCGACCCGUACGUGCUCCCGGCGGUGCACAUCUCGUACGCCGACGGGCUCGCUCUCUUGACGUACCUCAACCACACCAAGCUCGCUCGGGAUCCGUCCGGCUUCGUCAUCAAGGGGAAGACGAUCGUCGGCACAAGGCCGGCGCCGGUCAUGGCUGCUUUCUCGUCUCAAGGGCCCAACACGGUGAACCCUGAGAUCCUAAAGCCGGACAUCACAGCGCCGGGGAUGAGCAUUAUCGCGGCGUGGAGCGGCGCCGUGUCGCCCACGGACCGGCCGUUUGACAAGCGCCGCGUGGCGUUCAACACCCUGUCCGGCACGUCCAUGUCGUGCCCGCACGUGUCCGGCAUCGCCGGCCUGAUCAAGACCCUCCACCCGGACUGGAGCCCCGCUGCGAUCAAGUCGGCGAUCAUGACGACCGCGACGGAGCUAGACACGGACCGGAAGCCCAUCCUGAACUCGUCCCUCGCGCCGGCGACGCCGUUCAGCUACGGCGCCGGCCACGUCUUCCCGAGCCGCACGCUUGACCCGGGGCUCGUCUACGACAUGUCCGCCGCCGACUACCUCGACUUCCUCUGCGCGCUGGGCUACAACGCGACGGCGAUGGAGAUCUUCAACGAGGCGCCGUACCGGUGCCCCGCCGCCGCCAUCAACCUCCAGGACCUCAACUACCCGUCCAUCACCGUGCACGGCGUCGCCGCCGCCGGCUCGGUGACGGUGCGGCGCAGGGUCAAGAACGUCGGCGCGUCAGGGACGUACACUGCCGCCGUCGUCCGGGAACCCGAGGGGGUGCAGGUAGUGGUGACCCCCUCCACGCUGGAGUUCAGGGACGCUGGCGAGGUGAAGGAGUUCGAGGUGAGCUUCAUAGCCAGGAACCCCGCCGCGGCGGCGGACUACUCGUUUGGUGCCGUUGUUUGGUCCGACGGGAAUCAUCAGGUGAGGAGUCCUCUGGUUGUGAAGACGCAGGGAUGAAGGGUUCAUUGCAAGAACGCUGAGAAUUGAUCUUGCCUUAAAAUAUCGUGUCUUGGUAGGUUUUAGGAGUCUAUUGUAGAGGGGGGAAAUUAGAUAGGGUUUUGAUCAUCAGGAGACAAAUGUGAUUCAAUCAACCAUUCUUCUUUUAGAUAAUGCAAUAUA